AUGGUUCAUGUCAUUCCUGAAAGCUUCACCGAAAUUUGGGUACAGUGGAGGAUGCCAUCACUGGUUCUAGUUAGCCUAAUCGCUCAAACCAUGUUGAUCAUAGGCGGAAGCAGGAGAAAGUAUUGGACUAAUAUCUUCCUCAGAUUCUUUCUAUGGCUAGCUUUCCUGUUAGCAGACUGGGUCACUAUACUUUCACUGAGCAUAGUUUCCAACUUGAAAGCCGGGGCAGAAGAUCCUGCUUCUAACCCGGGCUACGUUAUUAAAGCCUUCUGGUCUUCCAUUCUUCUUCUUCACCUCGGUGGCCCGGACACCAUUACAGCUUAUUCCAUGGAAGAUACUGAAUUAUGGUUGAGAAACUUUGUGGUUCUUUCUGGACAAGUGAUAGCUUCUCUCUACAUCUUCCUCAACGCCUGGUCUGGCAAUUGUCUCAACUUUCUCUCUAUUCCAAUACUUGUGGCUGCGAUCAUCAAGCUUGGACAGAGGAUUUUGGUUCUGAUGCGGGCGAGUAGUGAAGAGUUUAGAAAAUCAAUGUUCCCUUCUCCUGAUCCGGGACCGAACUAUGCUAGAUACAUGGAUGAGUAUAGUUCAAAGAAAGCCGAGGGGUAUAAGGUGUCUUCAACAAAAAUAGUCGACAUUCCUAAAGUAGGUCAUCAUCUUAAUUCUGUCCCGGUUAACAUCACAAUACCCUAUGCAAACAGCUUGUUAGACGCCUACACUUUCUUCAAGAUGUUCAAGCCUCUUUUUGCAGACCUGAUCCUAAGCAUCCACGACAUUGUCAAUAGCCAAUCCUUCUUCCGCAACAGAUCCUGUGAGGAAGUCUUCAGGGUGAUAGAGAUAGAGCUUGGAUUCAUCUACGAUGUGUUUUACACCAAAGUGGUUGUGAUUCACUCAAUCUUAGGUGGUUGUCUCCGGUUCUUUAGUUUUUCAUGUGUUCUUUCCGUAUUUGUGGCCUUCUUCAUCGCUGAGAAGCAAGAUUACUCUGCCGCAGAUGUCAUCAUCACCUAUGUACUGCUGGCCGGAGCUGCCAUUCUUGAGAUAUAUAUUCUCCUUUUUCUACUUUGCUCUGACUGGACAAUGCUGUUGCUAAGCAAGCAUGAGAACAUUGCAGUGGAUCUCUUGUACCAAGUAAUUUCCCAUAUUCCAAAGUUUUUAAUACCCAAAAACAAGAGAUGGUCUAAUACAAUUGGACAAUACAAUCUUAUAGGAUUUUGCCUCAAAUACAGGCCUGGCAAGUGCAGUAUUUAUCUGAAGCACUUCGUAAGUUUUUACGAUCAGUUGGUAUAUGAGUACUAUUGCAAGAGGAUUAGCAUCCACAAGGAAUUGAAAGAGGUGAUCUUUAAGCAGCUUCAAAAGAAAUCUAGGGGAUCAAAACCUAGCGCUUGUAAGGAAUUAUGUGAUCAUAGAGGUGAAUGGGCUCUUAAGGAUGAGGAAUGUGACAGCAGACUUGGCUGGAGCGUUAUGGGAGAAUUUGAUGAAAGCAUUCUUCUCUGGCAUAUUGCAACAGAUCUCUGUUAUAAGUCUGAUACGGAUGAAAACUUAAACAACUCUCAACUGAAUCAAAGCUCAAACACAGUUAAGCGUUACAAUUCUAAAGAGAUCAGUAAGCUCUUGUCCGAGUAUAUGCUGUAUAUUCUGGUCAUGCGGCCAUUCAUGUUGCCCAAUGGGAUUGGACAAAUCCGGUUUCAAGACACAUGCGCAGAGGCAGUCGAGUUCUUUGAGGAGAGAAAAUUCAUAGCAGGAGAGAAGAAGGCUUGUGAAGCAUUGAUCAAAGUGAGCACUGAAAUUCUUCCGUCUGAAGUGAAAGGAGACAGAAGCAAAUCGGUGCUAUUUGAUGCCUGUGGCCUUGCGAAAGGCCUACAAUCCCUUGAAACAGAACAAAAUUGGGACAAGGAAAAGAAGUGGGAAUUGAUCAGCCAUGUUUGGGUGGAGAUACUAUCAUAUGCAGCCAGCCAAUGCCAGAAAAAUCAGCAUGUCCAGCAGCUAAGGCGAGGUGGCGAGCUACUCAGUCAUGUCUGGCUUCUUAUGGCUCAUCUUGGUAUAACCAAACAAUUUCAAAUUACAGAUGGCCACGCGAGGACUAAGCUGAUUAUGCAAUGA